UCGACUGCUCAAUUUACUAUUUGAACGUCACCUUUUCAGUUCUUAGUGUCAAGUUAACAAACCAGACAGCGACCAGAAUGAUGUGCGGUGGAACAGGAGCAGAAAAGGAGGCCGAUAAGGAGGUUCAGGCUCUUUGUGAUGAGCUGAAAGAUGAAAUCUUACAGAAGGCAGGAAAAAAUGGAGCAGAAUUAUUUAAGGCCCUGAAGUACAAAUCUCAAGUGGUUGCAGGAACAAAUUUUUUUGUCACGAUUCAAGUACAUCCUAAUGGUGAAUGCGUUCAUGCUAGAAUUUUUAGACCACUGCCUUGCAAUAGAGUAGAAGGUGGAAAGACAUGUCAAUUGCAUAGUGUGCAGACAGGCAAAAAAGUUGCAGACGAAGUGAACCAUUUCUUUAAUAAACGAAAAUCGAUAAACAUGAGCGAACCGAUGGUAGGAGGAUUAGGUCGUGAGAAGAAGGCCGAUAAGGAAAUUCAGGCUGCCUGUGAUGGGCUGAAGAAGGAAAUCUUAGAGAAGGCAGGAAAAGAUGGGACAGAAAUGUUCAAGGCUCUGAAGUACAAAUCUCAGGUGGUUGCAGGAACAAAUUAUUUUGUCAAGAUUCAAGUUCAUCCUGGUGGUGAAUGUGUUCAUGCUAGAAUUUUCAGCCCUCUGCCUUCAAAAGGUGGAAAGACAAAAUAUGAAUUGAAUGGAGUGCAGACAGGCAAAAAGAUCGAUCAACCUGUGGAAUAUUUCUAAAUAAGACAUCAGCUGUCUUCAUUCAAUGCAUUAGCACCUGUUAAAGUCAUUGUGUUCCUCGUGUAAUACUGUUGUGCAAAUU